CGCAAAAUUGGCACUCUAGUCGCAUUACCGAUCACAGUGAUGGAGCUGGUCGGACCACGCAUCCGAGUUGUUGGCGGAGCAUCCAUGAACACUUUCUUCUCUCUUGGAAACGUCUGCACGGGUUUAGUCGCCUGGGCGGUUCACGAUUGGCGUCAACUUACCCAGGUCUUGUAUGGACCAAUGCUCAUAAUCAGUUGUUCGUUCUGGUUCGUCCCUGAAUCAGUCCGCUGGUACAUGAGCAAAGGUCGCUAUGAAGAUGCUGAGGAUGUACUUAAAACUGCAGCUCGGUUUAAUGGAACACAACUGUCAGAAGAAUCUCAAAAAACUUUAGCAAAAUCAUGA